ACGCCCACCUUUUCCCCAGGACAGCAAGCAUGAAGCACAGGCCAAGCGCACUGCUGGCGUUGGUGUGGGCGGGGAUGUGGGGUUUGGUCUUCGCCACGCCCGUCAAUAACGCCCACGGAAGAAACCCUGCCAGCCCCCCGGGAAGCAAGCUGCUCUACAUUAUGUUGGAUGGCUUCCGUUGGGACUACGUGGACCUGCAGAGCGCCGCCGUCCUCCCCGGCUUCACCAAGUUCCUGAAGGAGGGCGUGAGGGCGCGCUGGACCCACCCGCUGUUCCCGUCCCUCUCGUACCCGACCUGGACCUCGCUGGUGACGGGCCAGUACGCCGAGAACCACGGCGUCGUCGGGAACUACUUCUACGACAGCGCCACCAAGGAGGAGUUCUCGCUCUUCGAUGUCGACUCCACCGGCAAGCAGAAGUGGUGGACCUCGGAGCCUAUUUGGACCACAGCCGAACGCGCUGGUCUUCGCACUGCACAGUUCCUCUGGGCUCGGUGCGACGUCCCUGUGAAUGGCAUCACAACCCAAUUCUGCGAGCGCUUCGAAAAGAUACCUGGAAAGGCAAUUUUCGAGAAGAAUAUCAAAAGGGCUUUGCAGAAGUUUGAUGAAGGAUUCCAGUUCGUUCAGGUGUACACUGAACACACGGACAACACAGGCCACAACUUUGGGCCCGAUUCCGAGGAGGUCCUUCAGGCCGUGCGAGAUCUCGACGAUGUCUUGAGAAUGCUGAUGGAGGAGCUUGAGAAGAGAGGAAUGACUGACCAUGUGAACAUUGUGAUCGUGAGUGACCACGGCAUGACAGACACGGCCCCUGGCAACAUCAGGCGGCACGAGAUUGACGACUACCUCGACCCAAAGCUCGUCGAGAACAUCGCUGACAAAGGAGCUCUCAUGAACAUCAAAAUACCCCAAGAAAAUGUUGAUAAGGUGUAUGCUAGUCUGAUGAAGAUGACUGGAGUGAAUGUAUAUAAGCAUAAUGACAUUCCAGAGAAAUACCAUUUCAAGAACAAUAAAUAUGUCCAUGAGAUCGUGGUAUCAGCUGAAAAAGGAAACUUUGUGAUGGCAUCCCAUUCAGACAAGCAAUUACCUGCCCGUUCUGACUUUGUAUACUAUGGUGCUCACGGCUAUGACCCAGACGUACAGGACAUGAAGGGAAUCUUCUUUGCAAAGGGUCCAGCCUUCCAGAAAGGAAAAAUUAUUGAACCCAUUCACGUCGUUGAUGUGUAUCAGGUGCUGACCCAUGUGCUUGGCUUGACCCCACAACCCCACAAUGGCACUUGGAAUCAUGUUCAAGAUGCCUUUGUUCAGAGCACACCAGCAACACACGAUGGUCAUGUUCAUAUGAACAGUAGUAGUCAUGAUCAUGCUGCUACAGGUGUUCAUAAUCAUACUCAGAUGGGUGAUCAUGAUCAUACUCAGAUGGGUGCUCAUGAUCAUGGUAAUAUGGGUGCUCAUAAUCAUGAUGAUAUGAGUGCUCAUGAUCAUCCUCAAGUGGGUACUCAUGAUCAUGAUGAUUAUGAUUAUGACCAUGAUGAACACAUGGGAGAUCAUGGUCAAAUGAGUGACAGCGGACAUAUGGCUGAUCAUGACCACAUGAGUGAUGAUGAUCAUAAUAUGCAUAAACACGAUCACAGUCAGGACAUUCACGGUCCGGCAGUGCAGCACCCUCUUUGGUAAUGGCUACUCUAAGUGGUAUUUUGGCAGUGCUUCUGCUGUAAAUCAGAUUUUAAAUUCAAAUCUAGUGGGAGAGUUUGUGUAUUUUUUUAUUUUUUCUUUAGAUCCUAAUUUCAUAGUUUAUGACAUUGACAGAACAAUAGUGUAUUUGUAAAACAUGAUAACAACUAAGGAAAUUAUUUUCUUGACUUACAUAUUAACAGAUUAACUUCUGAUUGAUUUCAAUGUGUUAUUACAGAGGGUUUACAUUAUCUCAAAGAACAGGAAUUUUGAAAGCAUUCUUUAUAGGCUGGUUCACUUAAAGGACUGAUGUGG